AUGCAGGAGAGCGAGAAUCAGUCAUUAAAAACACAGCAACACCUGCUACUUCUUCGGAGACCCUUACCUCCAAAGCUCCCUAAGUUGCCCUUAUCUAGGAAGAAAGUUCGUACAGCGACCACUCAUGAAACUGAGCAGUCCCUUGUGAAGCUCUCUCGCCACGCAAGCGCUUCAAUGAAAAUCGGCCACAGUGUUUCUACAUCACAGAAGACUGUCAGCAUUCAGAGCAUUUCUCUGGAUUAUUACCACAAGACACCGGAAAGGGUGGUCAGCGCUGUCCCGGGUUCUCGCAGAACACAUUCCAUCCACUGGAAGAUCCCACACAAUGUCGCUAGGUCCAUGUUUAUCCCAACUUUCCUGCCGGCAUCUUCUCAAGAUUUUAGGAACAAGAUACGCCAAAUAAGAGGAUUCAGAAAGUUCAAGAAGAGAGACAGAGUGGAGGAGGUGUUCACUCAGACGCCGUUCAGCAACGCUUUGGUUCUUUCCAGCGAGCUUCCCAAACCUUUUCCCGCUUCUUACUCUAGGUGUCUAACUUCUACCUUAAAGAUAAUAACCCCGGAGUCUCGCCCUAUAGUGAAGACUCCAGACUAUGUUCAGAAGGUCUCUAUUGUGAGAGAUGUAAGUGUAAGCGAAGUCCUUCUCAGCCCUGUCUCCAGCCCUUCAUCUAUAGUACCAGAACCACGGUGGGCCCAACGGCCACAGCACACCUUAUCCAUAAACAGAGUGGUCCUGAGGAUUGCUGCUCUCCCGGAAGCCAGUAUUCUGCCGAUGCCUUCCGGACCAAGAAAACCUCUGAGGCAGGCUGAGAUAGAAAAUGCCGUAGAAACUGGAAAAUUGGAACUCCCCAGGCCUGAAGCUUUACUUAGAAACAUGAGAAGAAGAGAGCCAAGUGGCUAUGUUUUGCGAGGGGAAGGCUUAAAGACUAUGACAGGGACACGCUAUGAUACCCUAGUAGCAAUGACCACCCUGGCCAUAAUACAUUGCCAAAUAUAUGGAAGAAACGCACUUAAUCUUAAGGGGUUCUUUCUUCUGAACUGUCCAGACUUAACAGUUUUGGCUUACCAGCUGGUAUACCUCAAUUUAUCAUUUAAUAACCUCAGCCACUUUCCUAGAGAAGUGCUUUGUCUUAAAAAUCUGCAGGUACUGAAAAUGAGAAACAAUCCUAUGAGGGAACUCUCUUCUGAUAUCUGUCAGUUGAAGUACCUUAGGAUAUUCACCAUUGCCUUUAAUUUUAUUGAAGAACUUCCUAUUGGGUUGUUUCACCUGCCUUUUCUUGAGGAACUUGAUGUUUCCUACAAUGAACUAAAGCAUAUCCCAAAUGAUAUCCAGAGACUCAGAUCACUUGAAAAACUGACUGUUGAUGGAAAUUAUCACAUGACUUCCUUUCCACCUGGAAUUUUAAAGCUUAACUUGGUCAAAUUACAGUUUGCUAAUAUGUUCACUAGUAGUCAUUUUUGGGUAGAGAAUUCCUUGAAUGACCCCCUACGGCUUACUGAAAUUUGUUCUUUCUUCAUUGUUAAAAAUAACCUUCACAAAAUUUAUGAUUCCGUCCCAACGAAAGCUAAAAAUCAUCUGAGAAGCUUAUCCAGGUGUGACUGGUGUCAUGGUCCCAAGUUUGGUGUGGGCUUUCGCAUCAUCCGCUCCUGUAAUAUGUUUGGAGUAAACCAGAUUCCUAUUCUGUUUCACGUCUGCUCUUCUCCCUGCUAUCGGGAGAUGAGGGAAAGCGGUUUUGUCUUACUAGGCUUUCCUUUUGUAAGAAUAUCUCUAAAUAUGGACUGGGUUAAAAAAAAAGAUGCCUAG